GGCCUAAAGUUUGAGUGCCCUCUCUCCCCAUGUGCACAUUUCCUCUACCUCUUAAGCUCAGAUGAUGAGUGCCUCUUACUGAAGACUGACGGACUGUGAAGAACCUGCAACUCUACAGUAUCUGGAUCCAAGGUUCUACUUCUGUUCUCACUCUCUCCUCUAUUCAUUUCUCAUUCCUUUGCAUCCAGAGGAGGUUCUUGAGGUGCCAGCCAAACCUGAGGGCCAUCGGACCCCAAGAGGUAACCAUGACAAACCCAUGCACGGUGUUUCUGGAACUGCUAGGGAUGCUGAUUGGGACGGGGGGCUGGUUUUGUUCACUGGCGGCCACCAUCAUGCCUCAGUGGUUGUCACUUUCUACUGAACUAAUGGGCAUGGAGAGCUACGAACAAGGGCUUUGGGAGGCUUGCGUGAUUCAGGAGGUUGCUGGCACAGAGUGUCGCCCCUAUGACACUAUCCUAGGCCUCGAACCAAAGCUUAUGCUGGCCCGAGUUCUGAUGUGUGUUUCGGAUGCCACAUGUCUUCUCGGACUUCUCCUCGCCAUCCCUGCCAUGAGUCAGAUCAAUUGCUGUAAGAGUGAGGAGGGACGGAGGACCAAGCGAGGUUUGAAGAUCACAGCUGGCGUGUUUUUAUGCAUCGCUGGAUUGUUUGUGCUCUUUCCCAUCUCCUACAUUGCUCACGAUAUUGUUAUUAAGUACUUUGAUGAGUCCAUACCUCACGUGGUGCCACGUUCAGAGUUCGGGGAUGCACUGUUCAUCGGCUGGGCUGCAGGACUUCUUGACAUUGUGGCAGCCAUGCUGUUAUUUGCCUCUUGCUCUGACUCAAGAGACAGUGAACCACAUCUGGUGUAUCACCGUCAAAGGCAGGAGAUCAGAACUAUCGAUGGUUCGAGAAAACGCACUGAGUACGUUUGAGGUUCAUUUGUCGUGAAAUUCCUAUUAAUGUUGAUGGAUCAGGGGGAAAA